AUGGAAUCGGAGAGUCAAAAGAAUUGUGAAUACAUUCUUCCGAUCAAGAAGCGGCGAUGUAAAAUGUUGGUGAAACGUGGAAAUCGGUUUUGUGGAGAACAUUCCAUUCAUGAUCCGAGUAAUACGGAACGAAUGAUUUGUCCGAACGAUGGAAAACACACAAUUCUGAAAUCAGAACUCGAAUUGCAUUUAAAACGAUGCAAUUCUAGAAUCAUAGAAGCGGAAUAUAUCAAAAUCGAUGCGAAUUCGAUUCGUGGUGAGACGAAAUCCACCGAUAAAAUUGACAGGAGAGCGACAGAAGAAGAAAUUUGUGAAGUUGUUCACAAAAUCUGGGAUUGCUACGAAACUGAUGUUAAGUAUCGGCUGAUUGUGGAGAACAAGAAUAACGAACUUGUCGACAAAAAACUAGCUGAAAAUACACAACUUUGCUCAGAGAAACGGAAACAUUUAGUGCAGAUUUCUUCGAUUUUAGGGCAUCUCGAAUCUUCUGGAUGUCUUCCUUCAUCUUCCUCGUCUUGCAUGUUUGAACUUGGUGCUGGAAAGGGACAACUCGCUUAUUGGAUCUCAAAAGCUGCACCAAACGGAAACUACAUACUAAUGGAUCGAAGUGGUUCUAGAAACAAAUUUGAUACCGCUGCGAAACGAGAAAAUCCAAACCUAUCGAUGAGUCGAUAUCGUUGUGCUAUUGAGCACAUGGAUUUGUCUAAAAUUGAGGAAUUAAAGAAUUCUAAUGAAAUUUUGGCUGUAUGCAAACACUUCUGUGGAAGUGCCACAGAUGCUGGAAUCCGAUCUCUGAGAAAUAGUGGUUUGAAGUUCAAUGCAGCUCUACUCAUUCCGUGUUGUCAUCACAAAUCGAGAUUCGCUGAAUAUGGAGGACAUGAGUUUUUGGAGAAAUGGGAAAUGAAUGACGAAGCAUCGUUUGCUGCACUUCGAUACGUGGCAUCGUUUGCAACAAAUGGAUCUGUAAACAUUGAUACUUCUGGUGGAUGGAAGUCGUUACACCCACCGGUUGAAUUAGGCCGUCGCGCAAAAGCAAUUUUGGAAGUUGGAAGAGCGAUUUGGCUAGAAAGCGUUGGAUUCGAAACUAAAAUCAUCGAAUACGUUCCACCAGAAGUUUCCCCGGAAAACUUGCUGAUUUUGGCUAUAAAGGCAUGA